AUGAGUCAGCAAGUGAAUUUCAGGUCCCGCAGCGACAAGGGCAACUUCAGUGUGCUUUCUGCAGUGGUGCCAAGGAAAUCCGUGGGCAGCAUGGCUUCUUGCCAUGCAGCUGGCCACAGGACUGAGGCUGGCCUCAGCAGCAGGAGCCUCUACAGUCUUGGAGGAAAUCGGCAUAUUUCCUUCAGUGUGGCAGGUGGCAGUGCCCGGACUACAGGGCACAGCUUUGGGCAUGGGUAUGGAGGGGGUCGAGCCAGUGGCUUUGCCAACAGCAUGUUUGGCAGUGUGGCCCUGGGGCCCACUUGUCCAUCUGUCUGUCUGCCUGGGGGCAUCCACCAGGUCACAGUCAACAAGAGCCUCCUGGCUCCCCUGAAUGUGGAGCUGGACCCUGAGAUCCAGAAGGUGUGCGCACAGGAGUGGGAACAGAUCAAGGCUCUGAAUGACAAGUUCGCCUCCUUCAUCAACAAGGUGUGCUUCCUGGAGCAGCGGAACCAGGUGCUGCAGACCAAGUGGGAGCUGCUGCAGCAGCUGGAUCUAAGCAACUGCAGGAGGAGCCUGGAGCCUCUUUACGAGGCCCACAUCAGCAAUCUUCGCAAACAGCUAGAGGCACUGUCUGGGGAAAGGGUACAGCUAAACUCAGACCUGAGGAACAUGAGGGAUGUGGUGGAGGACUACAAGAAAAGAUAUGAGGUUGAGAUUACCCAACGUACAGCAGCAGAGAAUGAGUUUGUACUGCUUAAGAAGGAUGCAGAUGCAGCCUACACGGUCAAGGUGGAAAUUCAAGCCAAAGUGGACUCUCUGGACAAAGACAUCAAAUUUCUCAAGUGUCUGUACGAUGGGGAGGUUGCCCAGCUCCGGACUCAUGCCAGUGAGACCUCUGUCAUCCUGUCCAUGGACAACAACCGAGAUCUGGACCUUGAUGACAUCAUGGAUGAGGUCUGUGCCCAUUAUGAGGACAUCGCCCUAAAGAGCAAGGCUGAAGCUGAGGCGUUGUACCAGACCAAGAUCCAGGAGCUGCAGCUGGAGGCUGGCUGCCAUGGGGGUAGCCUGCAACACACCAGGAAUGAGAUGUUGGAGCGGAACCGGCUUAUCCAGAUGAUCCACUGUGACAUCGCUAACAUGAAGAAGCAGUGUUCCAAUCUGGAGAGGGCCAUUGCUGAUGCUGAGCAGAGAGGGGAUAGUGCCCUCAAGGAUGCCAGGGUCAAGCUGGAUGAGCUGGAGGGUGCCCUGCAGCAGGCCAAGGAGGAGCUGGCUCGGAUGAUGCGUGAGUACCAGGAGCUCAUGGGCCUCACGCUAUCACUGGAUGUGGAGAUUGCCACCUACCGCAAGCUCCUGGAGGGUGAGGAGUACAGGAUGUCUGGUGAGAACCCAUCUUCUGUGAGUGUCUCUGUCAUCAGCAGCAGUUAUGGUUCCUAUAGUUAUCAUCCCAGCUCUAUGAUCGCUGACUCUGAGGCUGGCAAUUCAGUUGUUGGCCCCAGCACCCCUCGAAACAGCCAGAUCAAGACUAGAGAAUCAAGUGUAGACCUCAAGGACGCGCAGGACAAGAGCACUGUUGCUGCUGGUACCCUGGCCAGGAGGACCCUUCGAUAA